CAAAUAUUAUACGAAAAACAGUGUGAUAAGAUUUCUUGAAUUAACUUGUGCAAUAGACUGGAAGUCUCUACUUGGGUGUCUUUGUAAUCAUUUUGCAGAGAAAUUCAUCAAAUUGCUUCGCCUGUGUCACACAUAGUUUAACUGAUAUUUGUGGACCUGUACAAUCAUUGUUGAUCACAGUUCUCAUCCAAGAACCGUAAAUGUUUGAAAAACUUUAAAGCACCUGUCCGAACCAACACUCAGAGGCCAUUAUUUGGCAAAAACACACAACACACUUGGUGAAAUUAUAAUUAAUAUUUUGUUAAUAGGUCAUCAACUGUAAUUGAGUGGACUGCGAGAACGUUUCCUAAGUCGAUGUUUGUGACCUAUGAGCAAGUAGCACGAGUCGUUAUUGUUGUGAACUGAAUGUAAUAUUUAGUCUGCUAUGCAAGGUUCAUCCAACAGACGGAUUCGGUAGAGUUAUGAUGUCUCACUUCGAAACGUGUCAAUCACCUCUGAAAAACAUUAUUUCCUACCCGACUCCUAGAGAUCAAGAGGAGAGAUACAUGUCACUGGGGUUUGAGACGUCUCGUGCAUUCAACAUGAAUUAUUUUUACUUCAAGAUUCUCGACGAUUAUGAACGGGAUCGUGUUCGUCAUCUGGAGCAGUUUGAUGAGUUUGAGGAGUGGCAUUUGAAAUGCAGUCACUACGUGUUGAUUAUGUCAGUGAAAGGAAUUAAGGCAGGAGAGCAACUGACACGCUUAGACAGCCUAUUGCCGAGUACAAAUGGUUGGAAAUGGGAGUCACUUUUAACUGCAAAGUGCAUUACAUCGACUCACCUUCAGAGGUUUGGUCAUGCCUCUGCUUGUUCUGGUUCUGGUGAUAUUGUUGUCUUUGGAGGGUUUGGACUUGACGGCAAGCAACAUGCUCGUCUCAGUUCAGCUUCGCUUGUAAGCAAUUACGAACGCGAGUGUGGAGGUGCUGUCAACUGUUUGAAUCUACCCAUACAUUGUAUUGGAGCUACGUCGGAUAGUAUACCUUCUCUUAUAUUUCAUUCCUUGACAGCUUUGGGCAACGAGCAUUUUUUGGUUGCUGGUGGGCGUGGUUCUCCACUUGCUCCAUCAUCUGCAUUUUAUUUCUUAUCUCUGAAAUAUAACGAACAUGCUGGUGAUGACGCCAGUUUUUUGAAUGAGAGUAAACCUAAGAAGGAUGUGGUCUUGGAAUGGACAGAAUUAGAAAUGUGUGGGGAUCCUAUUGUUGGUCGCUGGAGACAUUCCGCAAGCUUGAUUUCAACAGAAGAUGAUGAUAAGUGUGUUUUUCUGUUUGGUGGCCGAACAAGUAAUUUUGUGUUGGAUGAUGCUGUAGAAAUUAAUGUCAAAACAAGGACAAUUAAUAUGCUGGAGAACGUCGGAGUCGUGCCAGGUGCCAGACACUCUCACAGUGCUGCUGUUUAUAAUCAAGAGAUUAUUGUGUCCGGUGGACUGACUGAAUCUGAGACAGCUCUUUCUGAUGUUUAUGUUGUACAAAUUUUGAUGCGAGGCAGCAAGAAGGCUGCAGUUUGGGAGAAAGUGGAUUUAGUACCUGCUAUUGAACCACGGUACUGUCACACCAGCCAUGUUUGUGGUGACUUCCUUUUUCUAGUCGGUGGCAUUCAGAUGAUUGGUGGUGGAUGUGGAGGUCUUACCAUUAUCAAUAUGAGAUUGCACUCAGCUAUUUCAUUUCACUUACCAGAUUGUAGUCCUGGUAAGCCGAUUCUUCUUCACAAGCACACAAGCGAGCUGUUGUGGGACAGAGACAAGAGAACUGGUAGGAUUUUAAUAAUUGGUGGCGGUGGCACUUGUUUCUCAUUUGGGACUCAUAUAAAUUGCGGAAUUUUUAUCGUAGAACUUGAUAGAGAAUUUGCUUUGGCAUUUAAUUAAUGUAGGAUUUUGUAAUGAAUGAUAGGAUGUGUAUUUGUAUGUGUACUAU